AUGCAGCCACAGCAAUACCGUGCUUAUGCUCAACAGCCGCCGCAGCGGUCGCCGCAUCCUCCAAACCAGCGGCGCGGAGGAAUUGGGCCCAUGAUGUCCUCUGGACCGCACCCUUCCGUCCCUCUCACACAGGCGCAGAUUGCUCACCAGCAGCAAGCGCAAGCGCAGGCCAGCGAGUUGGCGAAGCGGAGAAGUCGUAAGCCGACGGACAAGAACAUCCCCGACGGCGUGGAAGACUGCAUCGUCGAUCCGGAAGCCGUCAAAAGAUAUGCAGAGUUGAGGGACGUGGAGAGGCUGAUUGACGCCACGAUAACGCGGAAACGUCUCGACGUGCUCGAUGACGCAAAGAGAACUUCCAAGCUGCGCAAGACGCUGCGAAUCUGGAUCAGCAACACCGUCGAAGAUCAGAUCUGGCAGGGCAACAGUCUCAACGCAGAUUCUUUCGACUUCACACCGGCGACCGAAGCAUCUUACCGUGUGAAAAUCGAGGGCUGCCUUCUCGACGACGACGAUCAAACGAACAACGAGCAUACGACGCCCGCAGCCUCUUCGUCAGAGGGCAAACAGGAGGAUGCCAAGGCCCAGAAGCCUUCUGGCUCAGAGCCGAGUCAAAAGAAGUACAGGUUUUCGCAUUUUUUCAAAUCCAUAACCGUGGACUUUGACCGCUCUCGAUUCCGGAAUGGCUCCGAGCAGAAUGUGGAAUGGAGGCGGCCAGAAGGCGCGCAGGCCCAAGCAGGUGCCCAGCUGCCGGCCGAGGCUGACUUUGAUGAGUUCACCUUCAAGCGCAACGGGGACGAGAACAUGAACAUUACCAUCAACCUGGAGAGGCACGAGUCGCCCGAAAGAUACCAACUGACUCCCGAGCUUGCGCAAAUAGUUGACAUGACUGAAGCGACGCAGCAUGAGGCUGUCAUGGCACUGUGGGAAUACAUACGACUUUCCGGAUUGCAGGACGAUGAAGAAAGACGCAACUUUCGCUGCGAUGCCAACUUAAAGAAGGUCAUCGGGCGAGAAGCGGGUGUUAUACCGAUGCUCAGCGAAUACGUGAUGCCGCAUCUUCGACCUCUACCCCCCAUAUCCCUGCCGUAUACGAUCCGGGUGGACGAAGAAUUCCACAGAAACCCUCAGCCUACAGUAUACGAUGUCCAAGUGUUGGUGGAGGAUCCCAUCAAGGCUAACCUGCGCCCGUUACUGAACAACCCUCAAUAUGCGGCGACGCUCAAGCAAAUCACCGUGCUGGACGAACAGUUGGCCAGGCUGGUGCAGGCAAUUUCAAUGUCCAAGGCCAAGCACUCCUUCUUCGCCUCAUUGAGCCAAGAUCCCGCCAAUUUCGUAAAGAGCUGGCUCAGUUCGCAAAAGCGCGACCUCGAAAUCAUCAUGGGCGAAGCGGCAAGCGAUGCCGAAAAUGUGGCUGGGGAUGAGUGGCGACGAGGCGGCAGCAAUAGUGUGUGGAACAGCCAGAACGCCCGAGAGAGCGUCAACGUGCUUCUCUCGAGACAACGAUGA